AUGAGUUACUCUCAUUCUUCUCCAGAUUAUAAUCAAAAUUCGCAAUUUAUGUUUGUGAAUUCGCGUACAAGUAGACGAUCCCCCUAUGAUCGUUUUUCCAGAAGACGACAACACGAUCAUCCUUUCGUUUUGGGAUUACAAGCCACAAUUACUCCACACAGUCGCGGAAUUACAAUUAUUAACGUCAGUAGUCGUGAUUUAGUGGAAAGGGCAUUAAGGCAGCAGCAUGUAGCAGACUAUUACAAUGGCGGAUCAUCACAAAAUUCGUUAGAUGAUUCUCAGCCAGAAAGUGAACUACUGUUUGAUGAUCAAGAGACUUAUACGGAGGAGAAAAAGGACGAUGCUGGGUACUUUAAAACAAGAAUUCAUCGUGUUGCUGAUGGUGUAAAUAAUCAGAUAGAAAGUAAAGAGAUUUGUGCCAUAUGUCAAGCGGAAUUUGAGCAUGAAGAGUCCAUUGGGACACUUGGGUGCGGACAUGAAUAUCAUACGAGCUGCAUCAAACAAUGGUUGCUGAGGAAGAAAGAUUGUCCCAUGUGUCGAGCUUCUGUUUUGCCCUUAAAACAUAGCAUAUAG